AUGACCACCCUGCUGCUCACAGAGCAGCUCACACGAGAAGACCAUGGCCCAGAGGGGACCUACACCCUCUAUGGAUCCUCCUGCUCCCAAAUCACUGAGGAAGCUGAAUACAUGAAAAAGCUUCCUGGAGGUUCAGGCCACGAAGCUGAGCCCAAGAGCAGCAGCUGGAGCUGCAGCCCAGUCGGGAGGAGGGUGAUGGAGACAGAGGAGCAGCUGCUGGUGGUGAGCAGGGACAACCAAGUGCUGAGGAUCAAGCUGGAAGCCACGAGAGAAGCAGGGGUUCAGGCCCUCAGAUCUGCCUCCCAGAAGCUGUAUGAGACUUACCAGAGUUGGGCAGAAGGCCUGAAGAAAAGCCACGAGAAGGAGAAGCAGCAGCUCCAGGCUUACAAACUCCAACAAGAAGAGAAGCUCCAGGAAAGCAUGGGGAGCACCAGCCACCUCAGCCAAGGGCUCCAGGAAAGAUCUGCCCACAUAGCAGAGCUGGAGAAGCGAGUGCAGAGGAUGGAGGAGGAAAAGAAAAGUCUGCUGGAGAAGAAGAUGUCAUUUGAAAAGAUGCUUCAGCAGAUGAUGGGGAGGAGUGAAGAUGGCAAGAGGUGCCUGGAUCUCCAGAGGCAGAUUUCCACCCUGCAGCAGCAGAUCUGCCACCUGCAGCUCCUGAUCCAGGGGCAGCACCAGGCCCUGCGUGGUGUCAUCCAGGAGGCAGAGGAACUGAAGAACCAGCUCAAAAGCCACGAUGAGAAAAUAGAAAACCUGACAGAGAAGCUGACCAUGCUGGAAGCUCAGGCAGAGGAACUGAAGAACCAGCUCAAAAGCCACGAUGAGAAAAUAGAAAACCUGACAGAGAAGCUGACCAUGCUGGAAGCUCAGAACAAAGAACUGAAAGAUCAAGUGGAGCUGUGGUCAGGCCAGCCCAAGCCAAAGGUUUCAAGAGCUGUCUGGACAGACACCCCAGGAGGUUCUGGAGCUUUUGGAGCACCCUCCUACCUGAUGCUCAGCAGGCUAAGGAAGCAAGAGAGCUAA